AUUCAUAUUUGUUAGUCUCUAAGAGCGAAUGGUAAGAGGAUUUCAUCGUCCUUUAUCCUCAGAACGCUAACAUGACUUAUCUGAAAGGAUUCUGCAUUAAAAUAUUUUUGGCGGGGGUGAUUAUUGCUCAUGUGGCCGCUUUUUAUUCCCCAAAAUCGACUCCAACGCUAAAUUUAAAUUAUUUAGAGUUUUCGGUGGACAAGUGCCGACGUAGGUGCCUUUUCAAAUUUUCUUCGGAACCACCAAGACAGCAUAGACGCCACAGUUGUGGAGCACGCCAGGAUUGCCUAAUGUGUUGGGACUACUGCAAAAUGGUUCCUUUGGCGUACUCUCACGUUCCCAUGGGACCAAGGAUUGUCAGUGAUAUGUGCAAUGAUCGAAACUUCUGCAUGCCAGGAUGCAAGUUUGCAUGCAAGCAGUUUAAAGUGAAGCUUGUAUCUGAGAUUGGUGCUAGUGAUACAAACAACCUUUGAGGCCAGCGAUAUGGUUAUUAAAGAAAUUGGAUUUUCAAGGACGCUGAGUUUGUAGUUUUUUAUUAUUGGAGUUAUUGUGAGCCUAAAAUUUGGAAGAAAAGUCAUCAAUUAAACUAAAUCUUUGCAAGAGCUAAUAAACCUAUGUAAAGUGGUGAA